CGCGAAUCGCAACUUUGCGAUUCGCGUCCGUAUCCGUCCGCAUCCGUACGUAACCUAUGGGACCGGGGCCUUUGAGAUAGGAGACUUGGUAUUUGGGAAUUGGAGAUUUUAAGAAAAAGCAUACUCUACAGUGUACUGCUGUCGGCAUCGGCAGUGUCGGCAUUCGGGUAUAUAAGUUGUUUUGUUUUUUCUGCAAUAUUGAUCAUAAGAUUUAUUAGAAUGCUUGGUAUUAUAGUUGGUGUGUCAAGGUUACAUAUCAGAACAACAGCAAUUUAUGAAAGUUUUAGAGUUGCAAAAAUAUUCAAACAAUCUGUUUUUCAAGAAUUUUCACAUUGGCGUAUUGGCCUGCAUAAAAUAGAAACUCGUAAUCAUAGCAAUUGGAGGACAUUUGGACCAAAGAAAUGGAGAACAAAUCAUACCCAUGGACAGGCUUGCUGCAAUCGACAGAUUUUAUCCACUCCGUGUAGCAUUUUUCAAUAUUUUAGAAGUACAACUACAAAUCCAACAGAUUUCAAUAUUAAGGUUAAAAAUAAUGUGAUGUUAUACAGAUUUGAAAAGCCAUAUAUGUUUAAAUUAGCUACAGUAUUUGCAGUUUUUGCAUUCGUUGGAUGUUUUGCAAUGGCAGACAUUGUUUACAAGGUGUUAUGUAAAGAUCUUUGGAAUUCAGAAAAAGCUUUGCGAACUAGAUUAAUAGAACACCUACUACCAAUUUCUGCUGUCAUCACAGGUGUUGCAGGAGGGCCAAUUAUUGCUGGAUUUAUUACCUUUCUGACAAUAAAAUCAGUUAAAUAUAUUAUUCUUCGUAAGGGAGGUCAGGAUAUUACACUAGUAACUUAUCAUCCCUUUAAAAGCGAAGUGGUGCAUACUAUGCCACUGAUAAAAGUGAGCUCUUUAACAACAAGAGAUGGAUUAAAAUCGUAUAUACCGAUAAAAGUUAAGGGAUAUAGAUAUAACUUUAUGUGUGAUAAAAAUGGGCAUUUUGUAAAUCCCGAACUAUUUGAUAAUACUGUAGGUAUACAAAGAUUUAAAUAGAAAAUGUAAGAUUUUUUAAACUACGUACACUUGAUAUCAGAUCAAUGUAAAUAAAUUCU